AUGUCUCCUCCAACAAGGAACCCGUCAAGUUCCUAUGGCACCAUCAACCACAACAACAUCAACAAUUCUCACCACAAUACCAUCACCGACAACUCGGAAACCCAACCACUACUCUACCCAAGCAUCACCAUGUCAACAGACACCACCACCCCGACCCUCCCAGAAGGGGCAAUCACCAAACCCUCCUCUCCCUCCUCCUCCCAUGGGCCGGGGCGAUGGCGCCGCCAUCUAUCCUCAGACAUCGACCGCACCAACGCCGACGUGAUCCUAAUAAUCUGCUACCUGAUAACCGGCCUCCUGGACUCCUCCUCCAUCUCCAUCUGGGGUUCCUUCGUCUCCAUGCAGACCGGCAACACAGUCUACACCGGUCUGGGGCUAGCCGCGCCUCACGAAUCGACGCGAUGGAUCAAAUCGGGCACUUCCCUGCUCGCCUUCUGCCUGGGGUCGUUUCUGUUCAGUCGGUUCCACCGUCUUUUCCGCUCCCCGAAGCUGCGCUGGGUGUUGUGCGUUUCGUUUGCCGUGCAAUUGGCGUUUUGCGUGGCCGCCGCGGCCGUCGUCACGGUGGCGGGGAAACCGAAAGAUAGCGAAGCCAUCGAGUGGCAUGUUCUGCUGCCCAUCGCGCUGCUGGCGUUCCAGAGCUGCGGGCAGGCGGUGACGAGCAGGGCCAUCAAGUAUAAUGCGCUGACGAGCGUGGUGUUGACGAGCAUCUACUGCGAUCUGUUUUCGGAUCAGGAACUGUUCAAGCUGCAUAAUCGCGAGCGGAACCAGAGAGUGGGCGCGCCCCUGUUUCUGUUCUUGGGAGCGCUGUUUGGGGGCUUCUUUGCGCAUACGGACUUUGGUGUUGCGGGCGCACUGUGGAUGGCGACCGGGUUGAAGUUGGUGGUUAUUGUACUUUGGCUGAUUUGGCCUGCUGAGAAGCCGAAGCCGGUGACUCAACAUCCUAAUGGACUGGAGAGAGCUUGA